CAGUUGGCCGUUUCAUCGCACUGCCACUGACGACUCAACGGGCCUGAAAAUCCCUUCAUAUCGACAGGACAUUAGAAAAGAGAGAACUUGGAGAUACUUGCUUCGUGAAUGUGGAACAUGAAGAGCAUUUGGAUCUUUUUGUGCGCAGUUUGCAUUUGGUCACCAGUUCAAGGGACAUUUCGACCUUCCACUCCCUGUCAAUGUAAUGGUAAAGCACACUACUGCAAAUUGGAUAAUCUGGGACUGCACUGUUUAAACUGCCAGGGGAACUCAGAAGGGCGGCAAUGUGAAAGCUGCAAGGAAGGAUAUUACCACCAGAGGGCAGGAGACAGCUGUUUGCCCUGCAACUGCAAUACUACAGGUUCCCAAGGACCAGCCUGCAACAAUGAGGGACGGUGUGUUUGCAAACAGGGAAUUCAUGGGGACAAGUGUGACCGCUGUCAUGAUGGGUCUCCAGUCGCUGUAAAUGGGUGUGAGCCUUUGAGGCUUAGUUGUCGGUCGCGUAAGAAUGGUCGGCUCACAUAUAACACAGAGGAAUGCUUGCCCUGCUUUUGUAAUGGACAUUCAAAUGUGUGCUCCACAGCUGAGGGAUACUCCAUUCACAACAUCACUUCAACCUUUGAACAUGGACCAGAGGGUUGGCGAGCUGCCACUACUCAGGGUGUGAGUCCCUCACAAGUGCACUUCAGGUGGUCUCCCACUCACAAAGACCUUGAGGUUAUCUCUAAGGAGAUCUUUCCUAUUUAUCUGUUUGCUCCAGCAUCAUACCUGGGGAAUCAGGCUCUGAGCUACGGUCAGACGCUGACCUUCUCUCUGCGUCUGGACAGAGCUAUCCGUCAUCCCUCCACCGAUGAUGUUAUGCUAGAAGGAGCAGGUCUUAAAGUGACUGCUUCAUUAGGAGACUUUAGAAUUGUGGUACCCUGUGGCAAGAAAAUCACUUACACUUUCAGAUUGGAUGAACAACAUGGCAGCAAAUGGAGACCACAGCUCUCAUCUAUAGAAUUCCAAACUCUUCUGAGCAAUCUUACAGCCAUUAAAAUCAGGGGAACGUUUGGUGAAAAUGGACGUGGCUACCUGGACGAUGUCUCCCUGGUGUCAGCUAAACCUGUCCCUGGCACCCCUGCAGUCUGGGUGGAGAAGUGCAGCUGCUCUGUCGGUUAUGAUGGAAUGUUCUGUGAGCACUGUGCCACAGGAUACAAGAGGCGUUUCCCCGGCCAAGGCCCCCAAAGCCCCUGUGAUCCAUGUUCCUGUCAGGGUGGAACCUGUGAUCCAGAAACAGGAGAAUGCUACUCUGCUGAUGAGAUACCAAACCUGCAGAUGUGCCCUAAAGGUUAUUAUAUCAACCGCCAGCAGUCUAACUCCUGCCAGAAGUGCCCUUGUCUUGAGGGUGAGGCUUGCUAUGUCAUUCCCGGAACUCAGCAAGUGACGUGUGUCCAUUGUCCUCGAGGGACUACAGGCUCUCGCUGUGAAAUCUGUGAUGAGGGUUUCUAUGGUGACCCCCUGGGAGAGUACGGCCCUCCCAAACAGUGCCAGCCUUGCCAGUGUAAUGGCCACAUGGAUCAUAACUCUGUAGGCAACUGUGACCGCCGAACAGGAGAGUGUUGGAAGUUCUGUUGGAAUCACAGUUCUGGCCCCAAGUGUGAGAACUGUGUAGAGGGAUACUACCACCGUUACCCUACAGAGCCAUGCCAGUCUUGUAAAUGCAACCGACAGGGCUCUGUGUCAAAUUCAUGCAGCGAUAAAGGCCAUUGUCAGUGCAAGGAAGGCUAUGAGGGUCUGAAGUGUGACAUAUUAACAUGUCCAUCCUGCUUCAAUCCAGUCAAGAGCAAGGUCGAGACUUUUGCACGUCAGCUGCAGGAAAUGGAGGAUUUAUUUAAAGGAAUUGGAAGUGGUGAUGUUUCGAACAACAAUUCUGAGAUGGAACGAGCCGUUAGGGCUGCAGAGGUCAUGGUGCAAGCAAUGGAGACCAGAGCAAAUGAACUUACAAAUACAGAGAAAGCGCUUCAGAAUAAGCUGGCAAGAAUUAGCCAAACCCACUGGAGAGAGGACAGAACCAUGGAGGCUUUGUUGAAAACAAUGGAUGGUAUUAGAAGCAAGGAUCAGCAGUAUAAGACAGAAGUUUCUGAGAUCCAGAAACUAAUCAGUGACAUCAGGUUACAACUGCAACAGGCCAAACGAGACAUCCAGAAGGCUGAGUUUCCCUCAGGCGAUGCAGAGGCUGGCACUGUUACCUUGCCUUAUUUGGUUCAGAGAGCUGCUGAUCUUGCCGAGCAGCACCAUGGUGAGGCAGUGACUGUGGAGACCAUCACAGCCAAUUCUCUUUCAGAGUCUGAGAAAGCCCUAGACCUCAUACGCGGUGUAAUUGGCAGAGAAAAUAAGGUCAAAGACUAUCUCAGGGACCUCAAGAGACAGUAUGAAGCAGAUGUAACUAAAGUGAGUGACAUGGACAGAAAGGCCAUUCAACUGAAUGAUGCAGCUGAAAAGGAGAGCAGACUGGCUCAGAACACUCUGAAAAAGUUAUCUGAACUGGAGAAGAAGCUUCCAAAGCCUUUGAAGAAGGACAUUGCUGGUGUAGUUUCCAGGUUUGAUCAGCUAAAAGAUGUGGUGGAGGGGAAUUUUACAGCAUAUCAGGACUUACAGAAAAACAUGCUCACUGAACAGAAAGAGGCAGCUGAUCUGUUCAACCAGACAAAGUAUUUCCAACAGGUUCAAGACAAGCUUCUUGCCAGGGCAAAUGCUACUGAAGCCUUUAAAAAUACAUCUCUGGACGUCUAUGCAAACAACAUAGAUAGCUUGGAAAAGACAAUUGAGAAACUCAAAGGAUUUGAUGACCAGGUCAAUAGUAAUAAGGAUCUGGCAGAUGAUGCCAUUAGAAAACUGCCUGCUAUCAACGCUACUAUUCAGAAAGCUAUAGCUGACAACACAAAGACUCAGGACAUUCUGGAUGCAAUGUCUGUUCACUACAGAGAUGCUCAGGAUACUAUUGAUGCUCUUACAAAUACUGCAACCAAAUUGGAGGGAAUGUCCGGCUCCCUUCCAUCCUCUUCUGAUGUUUUGGAAACUGCCACUAAACUGAAAGUGGACAUGGAUGGACUGAAGACGGAGGCUACUUUAACUAUGGACAAACUGAAUGAAGAGAAAAACAAUGCAAAGACACAGAUAACACAAGCAAAUCAAGCUGUCAUGGAUACCACGGGAGCACUUGACAAUGUGAAGAAUGCCAGGGGUGCUGUUAGUGACACUUUAAAAACAAUUAAUGAUAUUAUGGGUUCAAUGGGAUCACCUGGCAUGGUUGAUGAAAAACGAGUGACUGACCUAGAAAGUGCUGUAGCUAGAAGCCACAGUCGUGUAGAGAAGGAACUGAGGCCCAGACUUAAGGAGCUGGAGGAGAAGGAAGCCCAACAGAGAUCCACGAUUGCAAACAUGAUCAAUGACAUUGACACCAUCCUGGCUGACAUUGCCAACUUAGAGGAGAUCCGUAAACGCAUUCCUGAGGGAUGUUAUAACAUACCACCUAUUGAAAGGCCUUAAUGGCUUACAGGACCAAAGCACAAUGUUACGCAGUUUAAACCAUGAACUUGUACUGACACUAGUGUACAUUUAUAGUGAAGUGUUGUUGUUUUUUUGCCCAUAAGAGAUUUUUUACUGAUGUGUAAGACAAUUGUUUUUAGUAUUUAUUUGUUCACUUGUGUAGAAAUGUUUUUGUUAUUAUUAUUAAAAAAAGAUUACUGUGAAUAUUAAAAUCAUGUAAAUGAGAUUACUGUUUUGCUUGAUUGCUAAAGAUAGUUCCAUUUGGGUAAUUAAUAUAAAAUAUAAAUACCACAUAUGUAAUUUGAUUGUUCUAAAUAAGAAGUUACAUCCAGUUACUUGUUUCAAGUCAAAAAGUACACUGAUCGACAGAUGGUUUUAAUGUUGUGGCUGAUCAGUGUAUAUUAAUAUAAGAUUAUGCAGGCACGGUUUUUUUUUUUUAUUUAUUUAUUUUACUAUGAGACAACUACUUUAAAAUAAAUAAUGAAAAAAAAAAAAAUAAUAUUUUGAGGACCUAAAAUUAAGAUGUAUAGUUAUAGCAUCUUAAAAACAGAAGCCCAAUUUACAAUCUUCAUACGUGGUGUUUUUAAUGUAUACAAUUAAAUAAAAAUAAUUUAAUCUCAAUAAUAUAAAUACAACAGGAAACAAUAGCUAUAAUCAAAAAUAUACAUUUUGUUGCUCAUAAUAAUGAAUGAAGGCAUAAGCAGGGAAGUAAUAACGAUUGUAGAGUACAGAAGAAUACAACACGCCCAGACCAUGAAAAAUGCAUAAUAUAUCUGUGGUUCAUUUCCCACAAUGCUUUUAUUUGUAAUUUAUAUCGAGAGUAAACUGUCUUGAGGCUACUGCAAGUAUUCUAGUGAUUCCUGAUACAUCAGUUACUUUGGUUACAUAAUGCUCAUGUGAAACUGAAAAAGAAUUUAAUUAAUUUCAUACAAACAGUGAGGUAUUAAUGUGCAUUUAAUAAUUGUCUCUAUAUGUUAGAGAAGUACAGUGUAAUCCAUUCAAAAAUUACAUGGGGUUUUUUAUAUUUCUUGCCUUGUUUUCGACAAUGUCGACAACCAACAAUA